AACAUUAUAAUGCUCGUUAUCACGCAAGUAAUGUAUUGUGGUUACCUCUGAAAUUUAGAUUUGGCAGUUGAUAUCACUCAUUUACUCGAACCAGUUCUGUCUCUGAUUAGUAGCUUCUAGUGCGGGUAAUUUUUCAUUACAGAAUACAGUUUUUUUUUUUUAAAUAAUUUUCCAAAGUAAAAUUUAAAUAUCAAAUCAAGUAAAACAUUUAAAAAAUGAAGACAUUGUGGAUAUUAAUAGUUGUAAUUAUUAUGGUGGAAGCUGGCCCAAUCCCUCCAUUGACAAGAAUAUUAGAUCGACGUAUAACUGCAGCCCCACGUCGCUGCACUUCCAAAGACGGUGCCUGUCGAAAAGCGAUAAAUUUUCUAAAAUGGGUCGAUGAAUUUCAGAAGAGUAUUCGUCAAAAGAUUACAGCUAUGGCAAUGUCUGUGUAUAACUAUUUUGUUCGUCCUCAUGAAAUAAAAAGACCAUUUUCAAGACACCUGCGAUUUGGAUAAAUUGAUAUCUACCCAAGAACUACAGCAAUGCUUCGAAAUUUCUACUACGGUUAGAUUUCCGCUACUGUUUCAAUGAAGAAAUAUAAACCGUCUAUAAUUGAUAAAGUGUUGUUAAGUAUUUCUUAAGUAUCUAAAUUUAAUUGUAUAACUUUCUAUUACACGCAUUAAAUGUUUAUAAAAAGUCAUUGGAUAUCCUGAUUAAGAAAUCUAAUUUGAAAUAAUUCAAACACGAUCCGAAACAAUUCAAAGUUGGCUAAAUUGACUAUGUAUAGAUAUACACUUCAGCAUAGAUUGAAUCAUUCCAAAUGAAAUUUCUGAAUCAGGGUAUCUAAAUUCCUGGAAAACCUACCGUGACAACAGCCACUCUUUACAGAAAGUUGUAAAUCCUUUUAACUUAAUUAAAAUGUGAGUGACUAACGUAUCUGUUUUAUCUCUGGUAUAGAUAAUUUCAAAAAAGUUUGGAAAAUCCAAAAGUGCACGCUUCAUAACGCUUGUUGAAUAUUGAAGUCAAAAUAACUUCUAUCCCUCGAUUAUAGAGUAAAACAAAAAAAAAUGUUUUUGCUACUAUCACACUACUGUUUUUGCAACAUUUGACGUUAAAAAAAUAGAAAGUAAAAAAGAGUUGUGCAGUUAUUUUGACUACAUCCCAAAAGAGUGGAUACAUACAGAGAUCCGGACGUGCAAAUAAAAUUUUUUUCAAACUUGUUUUUUCUUUAAAGUAGCAGAACCGAUGUUCUUUAAAAAACAUAAAAUGAGUUUUCUCAAGUCUUUUCUUGAUAUACGUGUACUCAUAUUAUCAUAUCGAUGAAAUAUCAACGCAAUAGAGUCAUCUUAAGGCCAGAAAAUUGCUUGACUUGACGUGUUGAGAGUAGAGCACUACCUCAACGCUUCGCUUAUGAGGCGUGCAAAAGUCCGAGUCUGAAAAAUACCGAGUGUUAUUCAGUAAAUAGGUGCCUAGUAUGUUCAUGAAAAGCAAUUCAAUUAAUUUAAGGGCAUCUAAUAUUCGCUACAGUCUCUAGACUACCUAUGAAAUUUAGGUGCCUAACGACGUAUAACCGGAUAUGACAUAUUAAGCAAACACAGUCUCGACAAGUACCUCAUGCGUGUUUUUCAAUCACUGGCUACUUGAUAGAAUGGGGCGGAUGACGUAAGUGCGACAGCGGCAGAUAAAGGAACCUAGAUUUUACUAUGAUAAAGUGUAUACUAUGAUAAACUGUUUACAGAUGAAUCGGUCAAAGACAAAUGCAAUUAUUUGUGGGAGUAGAGCAAAAAUAAUGAGUGAUGAGUGUGUAUUGGCUAAUAAAAUUAUUGUAGGUGGGUGUAUUAUCCCAUACAGUAGUACUAUUAAAUAUCUCGGAGUUAUAAUAGACAGAACUCUCUCAUGGGAGAGUCAAGUAACGAGUUUAUGUAAUCAUGCAAUGAGUAUUUUAGCACAGUUAAAAAUUAACAAUGAAAUAUUUGGUGAGCGUCUGCGUAUAAAGCUUGUUUCUAAUUUAAUUACUCCAAUUUUUGAUUAUUGCUGCGCAGCGUAUACUAAUAUUUCAAAUAAAUUGUUAUUAAAAAUGCAAAGGAAAUUAAAUUCAUGUGUAAGAUUUAUCUAUAAAAUACCAAAAUAUGAGCAUAUAACUCCUUAUUAUAAAAGAUUAGGUUGGCUAAAGUUAGAUAAAAGAAGAGACUAUUUCAUUGCUUGCUUAUUUUAUAAAGAAAUUCGACUAAAUUAUCGGCAGCUAUUCGGCUCGAAAUUAGAAUUUUUACGAGUAGCGUUACGCAGGGGAGAUGUCAGGCAAGACUACCUGCGUUUACCAAAGGCUAAUUGUGUCAUGUAUGACAACUCAUUUUUAGUACAUGGCAUACGUAUCUGGAAUGAGUUGCCAGCUGAGAUUAUAGCUGUGGAUAAUUUGUCUGAAUACAAGAUUGCUUGCUUCAAUUAUUUCAUAGAAUAUGAUAGCUAUCACCCAUAAUUAUAACAAUAUUAUAUUAUAUUGUAUUAUAUUAUAUUGUAUCAUAUUAUAUUAUAUUAUAUUAUAUCAUAUUAUAUUAUAUUGUAUCAUAUGGUAUGACACUUAUUUAAGAAUAAUUUUGCAACUACUUAACAUUUUAUAAUAAUUAAUAUAUAAACUUCCAAUCAAUCAACUAAAUAAUUUUUGUAGAAAGCGAUAUUAUUAUUAUCAUAAUUAUACAAAUGUAAACCAAUGUAUUAAAAAUUGAAGGCCCUGAGGGAGCUUAGGCUCUAGGGUCAAAUAAAAUUAUUAUCUAUCUAUCUAUCUAUGAUAAAGUGUACUUUCAUUUCUUAUAUCUAUAACAUUGAAUUUGUCACAUUUAACCUGAUCGAAUGACACAAAGUUUUUUAUAAUCGAAGUUUUGGAGUUGCCGAAUCUUCAAUGUAAAUAUCGAUGUAUUCGAAUUUAUAAUAAUGAGACUGACAAUGAUAUCUCCGUAGGAUGAGACAUUUGCACAUCGAUUUGAAAAUUAGAAAAACUUGAGAUUAACUAUGUUAAUACGGUAUGAAUCGAAGUGGUAUAAAUAAUGAGAUCAUUCUAUUAUCAUGCCUUUAGAAAAGCGUAGGCUUUAUGCCUCAAGGCGUAAAUAAAGCAGCCUGAAAAUUUGGUAUUCCGUCACAUGGCAACAGGCAACUGACAGAACGCUUAGUUCAAAUAGCUUCUAGCAAACAUUUUCAACCGUAACCUCCAGACAGGUAAAUCCCUGAACAAGGCGUGACCGAUCUAAAGGUCUCUACCCUAUAAGUCAACAACCGUUGGAAUAGGGUGAGCCCGAUACUUACAAAGCCUCGCAAAAACUUAAGUUUCUUUAGUCUUCGAAAGCUCGCCUAGAUAGGAAGUCAGGUUUGAGCCUCAGUACAUUCAAAGUAAUCAAAAUAAGUUUGAUUUUAAAAUUUUCCUGUGCUUCGAGUGAGAUUUGAAUUUCAAAAAUGAACACGAAAUCUCAACGGUGAAACAACGGGAACCAGGAGAGGGUUAAGGCUUCGAACAUUCUAAGCUUUAUGAGAAGACCUAACUUUAUCGCCAAAAUAUUGCAACGGCAUACUCAAAUAAUCGAAGAAUCGGAAAUUGACUAUUAUUUGAAGAUGAAAACUGAACACAAUGACUCACAAGGAUCUCGACGUUCUCUGCUUUGUCUUCCGAAGAACGCUCACGGAGCAGACAGCGACUUUUUUAGCGUUGAUGACUAUAAUGUCAAAAACAAAUUUCUAUGCACCCACUGUCCGAAACAAGAUAGCUUGUACCAGUUAUGGAGUAUGACAUUCAAAAAGAACAUUCAUAUCAUAGUUAUGUUAUCUCCGAUUGACAAUCUGAUAAGACACCGAUACUGAAGUGUGGGAGAAGACUCAGUGUUUGAAUGCCGUGACUUUAGAAUGGAAUUUCUACAAGUUGAUGUGGAAGCUUUGUAUACUACAACAACUCUGUUGCUGAGACAUGAAAAUGGUGCAGUGCGAAAAAUAGUGCAUUUUAAUUCCACCGGUUGACCGUUGGACAACAUUUCGCAUCACCCAAAAGAGUUUAUACGUUUUUCUAUGACAGUGAAUAGUGCACGUGAUAGAGUAGAUAAGCUCUCUACACAGCUUUUACGUGCCCCUACACCUAUAAUGGUACAUUGUAGUGAUGGUUUCAACAAUUCCUGUGUGUAUUGUUUGUUAGACAUCUGUAUAUCUGAAUUUGGAGGUACCAAUAAGGUAUCUGUACCUAAGGCUUUUCUCAAAAUAAGACAGCAAAAUCGCAAUGCUAUUAGUCAGCCAGAGAACUAUGUUCAUUGUUAUCAAGCGCUGUAUGUUUGACUUUCGUCUAUAUCAAAUUCUUCGCGCAAUUCAAUCUGUUGAUUGUGAUAACCUAUGUGACCUCCAAAAAACCCGAGUGUAAAAACGAUUAUUUGAAAAAUAAACACUAAUUUCAUCAUAUUGUCUAUUAUUAAUAGUGGUAAAAUACAGAACGAUGGAUCAUUACUGUUCCGGUAUGGGCAAUGUUACAGCAAUGAUAUUAGUUAUAUAAUCGCCUUUUUUCAAACCAUUAGUUAGUUAAUUAAGUUAUUAUAGAGUAAUAUCAGUUGAAUGUUUUCGGACAUGCGAAGAGAGGGUUCGGUCGAAAAUCGUACGUUAUUAACGUUUUUACGCUAUUAUAGUUCUAAUUAUCACUUGGAUUUAUAGAGCAAUAAAACGUUAUAGUAGAAUAAAAUGUUUUAAUAGUGUACUAAAACUUGUUAUUUUCUAGUUAGUUCUAAACAGCUAUUAAUGUAAUUCUUUUACAGUAGCUAAUCCAAUGUGAUAUUAAACGGUAGUGAAGAAGCCAUUAAAAGGUUUAUUGUUAUGGGUUUGAGAUAACUAUAGACAAAUUUUUCGGGGUACACUUAAUGCUUCAAUUAGCUUAAUUAUAGAACAUGCGUAUUCCACAUCUAAGGUCAAACGGUAUAAAAAGCUAAAAAAUGUAGCGGGAAAGUUAAUUAAGUAAACACUAGUCUCAAGGGUUGAUCUUAAGGCUCACGGCCGUUGUCUGUUCGAGUUUGGGACUACCAGUGCUCGUUCAGUGAUAGUGAAUGGGUGGGUUAUCUAUUAGGAAUUACUAACUGCAUAUCAGCUAGAUCGGUUAGAGUGAUUUAGUUCUGCGACGUAUAACAUAACAGGUAGAACAAUGACUACCCAAGCGGACAGUAUAAGUGCAAUAGACUUUCUGAUUUUUAUGGAACAUCCGGGGUCACUCAGCAGCAUCUUCGACGAAUAUUAUACCGUAUGACGUCGACAAAAAGUGAAAGCACUCCGUUCCUCCAACCAUACGAUGAACGAAGAGCAAGAAAACUGCUGCAUGCGGAUCAUACGUUUCCUUCACUGCUGAAUAAAGCUCAAUGGCAACCCGAAUGUCUUGGAUGCUAACUCUAUUGACAGAUAUGAACAUAAGCGAAAGUAUAUUUACACCAAAAGUCCGUCUGAAAACACCACUGAUGAAUAUUUAUUUACAAAUGAUGUAGGACAAGAAUGUAGAAAUAAUAAUUGUGCCAUCUAGAUCAGAAAGUAAAGUUAAUUUUCACCAAUAUUGGAAUUAAAACAACCCAUGUACCCUGCGUCUAAGGUCACAAGGACUCUCUCAAGACUAGCGCAUUAGACCAAUUAGCUAUACUGAUUAGGUCAUGGAAACUUAAAAUUUCAAUAACGAUGGAAAUACCUACUGUGCGAAUUGAUUGAGAAAAAAAACAUUAUGGUUAUCCUUAGCUGAAAAUAAAUGCUGACUACAAUGUGUCAGAAAACCCGAUAGACUCCAGUUGUAGACUACAUUAAAAUUGUCUAAACAAAUCGGCCUGAAUCCACGGAAUGACAUUGAACAACGCUCACCUCUCGCAGUAACUCACCCCUAUGCCUGUUUCAGUAUAAAACAAUUCCAAUACCCAUCAUCCUGCACUGCGUGUUAGGUAGUAUAUAACGCAUUCCUAACAAGCGAAUCCCAUUCGUCGAAUGACUUAGAAGGAACGCCUCUUACGCCCACAACCUAUAUACCCUUAUCUUCGCUUCGCACACACAUUUACAGCAAAUACUUAUUGUAAUUGUAAACAUUAUGGUUUGUUUGUAAUCCUUCUCACUCACACAUAUAUGGCUUCACUCACACAUCAAUGUUUUACUCUUUCUGAUAUUAGUCGCAUAAGGCGAGGUUCCAUCACACAGGAGCGAGUUGCCAUCCACCGAUUUAAAGAACUAUUCUGCGGCCUUGGAUUACUAUAAGUGUACCGACAGCAUCGGAUGCCUAUUGAGUUGCAUGCUGACAAAACUUAUCUGCUUUUUGUCGCUACAGAUGCUGUACUUGACGACGAACUUACCUCUUGCUAUUGAUUUCUAAGAUAUUAAUGGAAUUGGUAGGAUAUGUGACCUUAUGAGAUUAAAGUGUAAAUGCUACGUGGUGUGACAAAAAGGAGCGAUCAUGGAACAGCUGCGAUCAGAGUAGCAUUAUUGUUAUUGGCAAAAGUUCUUGAACCAUUAGUGGUUAAUGACUGUUAACAAAUAUAAAAAUCGGGAAAUCCCAAUGAAUUGAAAUAGUUGAUCUAAUUAUAAAUGAUGAUUUGUUUUUUCUGCUUCUGGACAGCCAAAGUGAGGUAAUCUUCGCCUCAAUAAAUGAAUGCCUAAGUCAUUUAAAUUUUACCCACAUUUAUUGGCACUGAUAACGAUGAACUUAUACUUUUUUCCUCUGAAGCUAGUCAAAUAAAAAUGGAGCUUAUUCCCUAGUGUAUAGGAACAUAAGUAUUUGAGGCAACUUAAGGAGAACAGAGUUAUCCUUAUUAAUAAAAUGGAUCAGUUUUACCAUUAGGUCUGAAAGUUUCUUGACCGUUAACGGUGUCAAAAUGUUUCCAAAAGCUGACCGUUUGAAACAUGCACCUGAAGUUCUAUUACUUCAGGAUAAAAUUUGUGAACUAAAGUGUCGCGAACCAAAAACACCUGGAGAUGAAGACAAGAUCAGUGAAGAAAUACAAAUUGCCGAAAGGCGAUACCAAUCUCUGAAGAAUGAACUGCUGGUUAUGUGUGCGAGAAAACGUUUCGUAGAAUAUCAGGUGGAAAUGGCCCUUACGUAAUUAAUGAGGUAAGUUCAAACGCAGUUAUCUAUUACUAUUCUAUCAGUGACAACACAAUGUAAAAGACCCUUAUAAUUUUCUAUUUUAAGAUUUCAUAAGCAGUGCCGUAAAAAAAGAAUAUAAAUAUCAUGCGAAUAGCUUUAUAAAUACGACAACAACAACUUUCAUGUUCACUGAUUUUCGAACGGUAUAGUCAAUUGAUCAGAGUAAACACUAAAUUACGUACUAAACUUGGUAUUUUGUUUACUAGCCAAUUCUUCGAAGUACUAUAAGCUAAUAUAUUUAUUAGGCAUACUUAUGAGCACACAACACACCAUUCAUAAAAAGUUUAUAUCUUUUAAACAUGCAGUAAAUAGGUGGGUUUGCAAUAAUUUUUCCAAAGGGACCUUUUUUACGAGUUGACAGAUAAUUUUAUGGCUUAAUAAUAGGAAAUGCGUAUUACCUACCGAAAAUAUAAAAGCUUUAACGCAGCAAUGAAAAUACUACUCACAGCGGGUAUCGGUGCCUAUCGCGAAUAAGGAGUUUGUUUAAUUUUGAAGAAACAAAUGAGUUAGAUGAUUUGCUUCGAGUGACAGUGGAUCGGUGAAUAGGAGACUACCAAACGCUUCCCAGUUGGGUUGCCUUUAUAUUGAAAUGUGAGUUUUAAUAUUAAUUUUGUUCCUUGACAGAUACUGCAGCGUGUAUAACAAUGCCCUUCAAAGAUAAGAGAAUGAGAAUAAUGGAUUUCAUAAAUUUCAUACAAAAGCCAGGCUCACUAAGCUGCAUCGUUCAAGAACAUCGUGCAAUGGUAUCCGAGCAGGAAGACGGCGCAUCGACUUCUUCUGAUCAAGCCGUAAAUAAGGCGCAAAACGGCAAUAAUCUCCGACCAAUCGGACAUUUGCUCUGCAACCGAGUGAACCUCCAUAGUAAGGAGAAGGUCUUGAGUGCAAGGUUCGUUGACGGAUAUAAACAUAAGCGGAAGUACAUCAUCACUACGAACUCUUGUGAAAAUAACACUGACAAAUAUUUACAAAUGGUGUGGGAUAAGAAUGUUCAAAUUGUAGUUAUGACAUCUGUAUUCGCGGAGGAGGAUAAUUUCAACCGAUUCUGGAGUUUAAAUGGAAGUUCUGUAAUAGCCUGUAACAACUUUCAGAUAGAGACUUUAGAAAUUAUGACAAACCCUCACUUUGUGUUAACCUUGUUGGUUCUCACUGAUCAAAAAGGUCAAGCACCCAAGCUAUCACAUUUUCAGUAUACUGCUUGGCCUGCUGAUAAUUUUUUCCAUGACCCAAAGGCCUUUUUAGAUUUCUUUUUUAAUAUAAACAACUUGUACGCUGAUUCAAAAAAGUAUAAGACCUUCAGAAAUCUCGGUCCCAUAAUUGUAGAUUGCAUUGGCAAUAAUAGUAGCUCAGAGGUAUUUUGUGUACUCGAUAUCUGUGUUACAGAGCUCAAAAAGAUUGGACUGCUAUAUAUAGCAAAUGCUGUUAUGAAGGUUAGACAGCAAAAAUACGGUUGUAUGGAUCGAUUAAGUAACUAUGUCUUAUGUUAUCGUUUAAUUCAUACCUAUGUCUUAAUGCAAUGUGAUACAGUUAACAUCCGUUGAAGGCACAGCCAAUUGUUUAUGAUUUUUAUAUCUCGUAUCUGGUUAGAAAUACUUAGUGUAUGUCGACGUUCCAAGCCUAAAUGCUAUGGGAAGGACACUUUAAUUUGGAAAAUAUCAUCAGGUACUUUAAGAUUUGAGUUAUAAAUCUGAACUACGGAAUUAGUAUCUGAAAGACCGAAGGAUAAAAGUUUUCUCAAAUUAAUACAGAACAUCAACGAGUAAUUCAUUCCAGGUGAAUGUUGCCUGUUAAUUCCGAAUAUCAGGUACAUGGUGAUUAUUCUUGGCUCUAAACUUAAACGACAUACUUUAUCAAAUGUUACGUGCUUCUGUGAAAUAAAUGUAUGUUGUUUUUUAGUUUUUAAAAUUAAA